GCUGUCUGCAAAUAAAUGUUAAGGACAAAUGCUAUUUGGCAGAAGUAACAUGCUCACAAGAAAAAGGACUGACUACAGGUUUCACCAUUGUACCUACCAAUACAACAGAUGAGGAAAGGUUUACAAAUAGAAAUGAAGAAAGCAUCAUCGCAAUUGUAUCAACAACACACCAGUCUACCAUUUCAUCUAAUUCAACAUCAUCGUCAAAUCGGGUAUCAACAGAAGAACAACAAGGUUAUAUUAUUGCGGUGGUUGUAACCAUUAUCAUAAUUCUUUUAAUAGGCGGAUUUAUUCUUUGGUUGAAACGACGAAAACAAAAAACUCACGAAAUCUCGGAUGAAAAUGAAAUGCUUCUCCGUAAAAGUUUACCUGACGAUUUUUCUUUGGCGCUGUGCCAAACUGAAACCGAAGGCUUCCUCAUUCGUUCCACACAAAUCUACGACCUACCUCGUGAUUUAGUUGUUACAUGGAGAAAGAAUGGUAAAAAAGUAAAGGAAAGUGACAAAAUACGUACUUCGACACUGGACGGAUAUUUCAUUCUAAAAAUUAGCGAUUAUGAUGAGACAGUUGAGGGAAAAUACAAUUGUAUAAUUCAAACGAGGGAGAGAACCAUCGAGAGCAAUAUCAUAAAAUUAAAGAUAGAUGAGUUUAUCGAUCGAUCUUGCCUGCUAAAUGUUUUGAUUUGUUGCAUGUUGCUGCAGAGUGAGUACAAAAUGCGUCUGCACGAAGAUGUAUCAAUAAAUGAAUCACUUACAGCACUGAGUGUUCUAUUCAAAUUAAAAGAUCAUCCCUCUCUCCAAUCACUAAAAGAUAUUGCUUCCUCCGAGACUGACAUAUUUCAUGUCCAAAAUGAUAUCAUAUCAUUCAAGACAAAGGCAGAAGAAGAAAAACAGCUUGAAAUCUAUACAUCUUGGGAUGGUUUCCUCGACAUAUUUAUCAAACAUUCAGAAUUAGAAAAUAUCAAGGACUACUGCAGGCAGGAAUUAAGAAGAGAAGAACUAGCACCUGUCAUUGAGAGGAUGGGCUAUGAUUUUGUUAUUCAUUAUCCUCUUCCAGACCCCUCACAAUUUGCUUUUAUAUCUGCGAAAUUGAAAAUCCCGGAGGAAGUUUUGCUUAUGGGAAAAAAUGAUAGAGAAAAUUUUGUCAGAGAUCUUAAGAUAGGUGGCACACAAGUGUUCCAUGGACAAGGAAUGUUGGUUGGUUGGGCUGGCGCAGGAAAAACAACCUUGAUUAAAAAACUUAAGGGAGAUCGAGACCUAACUACUACACAAACAAAAAGUUUAGAAAUACAGCAAAACCUUUUCAAGAUGGACAUUGAGGGAGGACAGCUCAAAGUUUGCCUUCUUCAUGAAAAGGAAGGACCAGCUCUGAACAUGUCAAUCCGUUCACUGAAAUCACAAAAUGAUCUUAAAGAAAGUCAAAAUAAUCAAAAGGAAAACGACCUAGCUGCAAUCAAAAUACACGAAGAACCAAAACAAAUUUCGCAAACUACAUCAACGAGCUCAAAAGUUGUCGAUGAUAAGGAAGAAUCCACACAAGUGAUUAGCAGUUCGUCAUCUUCAAAUCCUCAAAAUGCAUGUACAUCACAUACUGAGAAUGAGCUGAGCAGUAAUGUGCUACCAAAGAACAUCCGAGUCCAACCACAGAAAAUGGAGGAGGAGGACGAAAAGUUUUCAUUGACAAUCCAAGAAAAAGAUUUGAAAAUUGUAACUAUUCUGGAUUUUGGAGGACAAAGUGUAUACUACGCAUGUCAUCAUGUUUACUUAAGUCCACGGGCAUUUUACAUUUUAGUCGUAGAUUACUCAAAAGAUUUCUAUUCAAAGGCCAAAGAAGUUUGCGAAAUAGCAGAUCUUAUAUAUUCAGACUGGAGAUACAUAGAUUACAUAAGAUAUUGGAUGUCUUCAAUUCAUACCUUCGGUUCUGUGAACGCACCAGUUAUAAUAGUAGCCUCACACACAGAAAAAAUACCAAAAGAGAGACAGAAAGAGGAAAUGAAUUCGCUGUGUGAAAAAAUAAUGAAUGAUUUACCGGAUCCUCUUCGAAUACACAUAAAAAAUGAUAGAAUUUUUGCAGUUUCCAAACUUUCAAAUAAGAAUUUGAAGGAAAUUAAUGGAACCAUUGUUAAAAUUCUUAAAGACCAGCUUCACUGGGGGAAAUUAAUACCAACUUCCUGGUUGCGACUGGAAGUUAACAUGAGAAACAUAAAAAAAGAAGUGAUAAGGGCAUUAGAUCUUUGGGAAGAAAUAAAAAGAAAUACAUCCAUUGGAAUUGACAGUCAAAAUGAUUUGUUGACAGCUUUAAAGUUUUUCCAUGAAAUGAAGAUAAUCCUUUUCACGACAACUAAACCUGCUAGUGAGUUUAUCAUUCUGAAUGUACAGUGGUUUAUUGACGCAUUUCAGUGUAUAAUUGACCCAGAGAGUCCAGCCAGACUUGACAGCAAAUGCUGUGGAAAAUGGAAAGAUUUUACUAAAACUGGUCUUUUGACUAAAGAUUUACUGGAAUCAAUGUGGCAAAGAAAACAGACGUAUAUCGAUCAUGAGACACCACUGCUUCAUUAUAUGACUCGCUUUGGAUUGCUGGCAGAAGUCGGAGAUAAGAUUUGGUACGUACCUUGUAUGAACAAGCAAACGUUUGAGGAAGGGGAAAUUCUUCAAAAUUGUACUAUGUCCUCUACACUUUGUUUUGCCUUUGAAUUCCUCCCAGUAGUAAUAUUCUUUCAACUUGUUACUCACUGCAUUAACAAUUGUGGCUGGAAGGUCUGGAAAAGGCAGCUAGAGUGUGUAUAUCAUACAGCGGUCAUUCUGGAGCACAAAUCAAGUUUAUCACACGUAUUGCACAAGAUUAUAAUAAAAUAUUCCGACAAAAAUACAUCAUUUUUUUCUGGUGAAAAUUUACAUUAUUCCAUAGAAAUAAGAGUAUUUGUGCUUGAAAACAAUAAGCUGGAUUCUAGUCUUGUAACAGAAGUUAGAGACGGCAUACAAAGGUUUCUCCAGACUGUGUCAUCUGAAUCCACGGAUCGACAUAUGAAAUUCCGUGUUGGAAUACGUUGUAGAAAUAUAAUUGGAAAGGAAUCAUCAAUUCUUCCCGAGGAAUUUUUUUUGGAUUCACGUGGAAAAGUCGAAUGUUCAGGCUGUAAAGACCGUGCGCACACUGUCGAAUGUGAUAAUCUUUAUACUAUUUGGAAUAGUAAAGAAAAAGAAGAUCACGUAUUUAAAGCCGUCGGCAAGUAUGGCGAAGUAAAGUGUGAAUACAGGCUCCUGGAGAAAGUGACUGAACUAGAGAAAAUUGAAAUCGAUGUUGAAGAAAUUCAUCACAUAACCUGCAAAUAUUCCAAUAGCAUAUGGAUAAGCGAUCUUGACAAUCGAUUUCUCCAGAUUAAUUCCACAGGAAAAAUUCUCAGUGAAAUAAAAUGCGAUGCCUAUACAACAGGAUUGACAAUGAAUGAAAACAAUGAGCUUUUGUUCACAGAUCCAGAGGAACGUUCUGUACAAAAAGCAAAAGAUAAUGGGAGUAUCAGAUUGUUGUCUAGAACGGGAGACUGGGUUCCUCGUUGUAUUCAUUCGUCGCGUUUUACAGAAAAUAUAUUUGUUGGGCUUACAAGGAAGAUAGAAAAUGAAAAAUUGGUGGAAGAGGAGGCAAAAAUUUUGCGAUAUGAAAAAACAGGCAACAGAAUUUUGCAGGAGAUCCAGUGGAAUGCUGAACAUAAACCUCUGUACCGAUUCCCUCAUCAUAUAGCAGAAAAUUCUGAGGGGAAAAUUUUUGCAUCAGACUACCAUUUGAGAAUGCUAAUAGCUGUAGAUAAAUAUGCAAAUUUAGAGUUCAACUUCAAGACAGAUGAUUUUUGGCCUCAUGGGGUUAUUGUUGAUUAUGUAGGAAAUGUCUUGGUAUGCAACGCGUCCUACAAAAGUUCUGGGGUUCUUGUUCUUGAUCAAAUGGGCAAUAUACUUGCAAAAAUAUUAACAAGGAAUGACAAUGUACGAAAUGUCAGGAAUAUUUGUGUCGAUGACGCAAAUAAGCUUUAUUUGAUACAGAAAAAUGCCAACAUGAUAAGAGUGUUCAAGUAUUUAGAGCGUAUUUGAUCACACGAAACGGGCAGUUUUUCUGAAUGAAAUAGUCGGCGGAAAAAUUUUAACAUUUUGUUUUACUUAUUAGAACAUUUUCAACUGUGAAAUACUGUAAUUUAUCUAUGAAAUAGAAGUCAUGUGUUUUCACACUGUGAAUAUAUAUCAAUUUGAUAUUUUUCACACUGUGAGAAAAAUAUCAAAAGUUCGGCAUAACUCUCGAUUUCCCGUCCCUUCACGAAGAGUGUCCUAAAAAAUGACCCUUAACCUUUUGUAGGAUAGCAAGAGUAACUUGACAGAGACAUUACUGCCAAAGUUUCUCCAAAUUGUUGUUAAAUUCCACGUUUACAAUUCUCAAUUUCACAAAACUUUAUCUAUGACGUCUCACAAGUGCUCAACUAUGAAGUCAAAGCCCACGACACUGCUUUGCGAAAAAACAAACAAAGGGGGGAAAUCGAAAAAUCUAGACCCACUCGUGAAAUAAAUUCCAAACCCAACUACAAAACAUUAAAUUUCUUUUAUAAUUUCCCAGAUAAAGAUACAGAAACCAACAAACUUUUUUCGAUUAGAGAAAUUACAUACUGACAUUUUAAUUAAGGAAAUGAGUUUUUGAUUGAUGCAAUACUUUUUCUUUUUAAAAUAGAAAUUCUUACUUAGUAUAUAUUUAAUUUUUUAUGCUCCAAAAAGUCCACUGAUGAUUGUAAUCCUUUGAUUCCUUUGAUUACUCUUGUUUUUUUUUUAACUAGCACCAUUGAAAGGUGGAACAACCCUCUGAUAAGAGGGAUAACUUCCAGAGAAACUGAUUUUAAAAUGUAUAGACCAUUAUAUAGUCAGUUUGAUAAACCAAAUUAUGACACAAAUAUUGACUUUUAUUUUCUUUUGUCAUUUUUAUGGCUACUAAAAUUAUUGAUAUAAAACGUUUGCACACAGUGUUUUGUAAAAGUUGUCUCUAUCUCUUUUAAUAAAAAUUAAUAAUUUAUUAUGUAAAGAUUUACAGUUUGUUUUUCAUUGGUGCAUUUAGUAUUUUAAAUAAU